AUGCACCCUCCCGCCCCCUCUGUCCACCGCAUCCCGUACUCGGCUCCGAGGGCCGACUUCAUUGCAGCUCUCGAGAAGGAUGGCUGUGUGAUCGUGCAAGACUUCACUGACGCGGCCACCCUGGCCCAAGCCAAGCGAGAGGUACAGCCCUAUCUCGAUGCAGAGGACAAAGGAAACAAGGUUGGAGCUCUGGAAGGAAAGACCAAAACAUGCACCCGCCUGAUCGGCAGAAGUGCCACAGUACGGCAGAGGUACUUCGCCGACCCUUUGUACCAGGACUUGGUGGUCCAUUUUCUCACUCUGGAGACACGAUGCUGGUAUGGAAAUGAGCCUUCGGUCAAUUUGUCCAAGCCACUCCUCUCCAUCGCCAUCACCAUGGACAUCCAGCCGGGUACCCCGGCCCAACGUCUGCACCGUGACGACAAGAACCACCAUGCCCGUCACGCCCCCGCUGGCGCCUACCAUCCGAACCGCGACAUGCUACUUGGUCUCUUUGUCCCAGGUUGUGACACGUACCGUGAGAAUGGUGCCACGAGAGUUGUUCCUGGAAGUCAUCUCUGGGGAGACGAGCAACCUGAUUUUGGUCCCGACGGCACCAAGGGCGUUGUGGAUGCUUGCCUAAAUGUAGGCGAGGCUUUCAUCAUGCUUGGCAGUUUAUAUCAUGGUGGCGGCCAGUACAGCCAAAAAGAUGGGAGCAGGACCAUGCACAUCAUGUUCUGCUGCUCGGGCGUGUACAGACAGGAGGAAAUAUCGUUUCUAUCAUACCCCAUUGAAGAUGUCAAGACUUACCCGCAGGUGGUCAAGGAUCGGCUGGGCUGGAAGCAGUCUGAACCGAAUUUGGGAUGGGUGGAUCUUCGGUCUCCCGAGUAUCUCUUGGAAUGA